AUGAAAGGUGAAGUAGUAAGAAGAGGAUACGAGCUGAAGGAAGAGGAGAAGAAGAACAACGGCAAUUCAGUUUCACAAGUUACGCGGGCGGUCGUUCGGACAGUGAAUCGAGCCACGUGGACACUCCUGUCUCCGCCGCCUUCUCAUCGGAUUGCCUACUCCUCUGCCGGCGGCGAGGAGCUCUCAACCGUUUCAGUUCGAAACGGAUGA